UAUGGACGAGGAGCGAAACGUCUGGCUCUUGGGCAAUGUUUUAGGAGUUAUUCUUUUUCGUAAAACAAAAGUCAAACUACCAUGUACCACCGGGGCGGAGGCGGAGCCGGUGGACCCGGCGCAGCUACUUCCCCCGAGAAUUACACUGGCGCUCUGCCCGACGGCAAAUUUAACCUUCAAGCCGGGGGCUCGCACUCUAGUUCCUACGACCCCGAUAAAAAUUCGUCUCGACAUAAUUGCUCCCGGGCACCAGAUGUUGAACUCGGGUCCGGGCAGUACCGGGAUCCCGAAUCGGGGGAUAUUGUUUACUCGCAGUCGCCACUUUGGAAGGACAAAGAGAACCACCUGCAGAGCAGCACCAGCAGCUACUUCCAACUCAAUUCCCGGACGGGAAGUCGGCAGCAUUUGAUCCUGCAGUUCCGGCAAACAACCGUGAAAGCGUUAGCAACUUUCCGUGCCUGCCCGGAACUGUUCUUAACCGUCUCGCUCUUCUGCAUCAGUGCGACAAUUUACAUUUACGUCUAUUGUCUCAGUAGUUCUUCUACUUCGAGCGGUUCUUCGUUGUUUUUCGCCGAUGCAGAUGAUUAUAUGGGAAUUGAAGCUGAAUACGAAAGAACAAAUAGAAGAAUAACCGCCGGUGCUGCAGCUUCAACAUCUGCACAAGAAAUAAAUCUCGAAGAUGAACUGCCUACAAAGAGGACUUCCAUGACGGCACUCCCAACCACAAACAUCGACCCCGCGGAGGCGGGUAUCACACCUAUGGACCCGAAGAAAUUUUCAACUUUAAGUACGACGAGUUCCGCGACCCCGGUGGUUUUGCCGACGUCUAGGAAGGCACGGAAGGUGACGGAUUCUUUUCUCUCGGAGAGCUCGAAAAAGAAUCACGCGGAACGACUAGCGAAAUUUGGCCAGUAUGUGAAAAGAAAAAAUGCUUCUUCAACAACAUCUUCCAAAACAACCAAGGAUACAACAAAAAUCACACCACCACCGCAAGCUGCCGCACCCAGCACGAAAAUAGAUGGCAGAAUACUGAACGAGGACAAGGUGAAGAGCGCCGAGCAGGUGAUUUUGACGUUGCCGAUGACUAUUCAGGAAAAAACCGCGUUCGAACUAGCAAUAGAAAUUUCGGACUACAUGCAAACCAAUUUCGAGGAUGAGAAUGAAGAGCCAAAACCUGCAGAAGAAGCGAAAGAAGCAGCAAAAACCGCAGAUGACAAAGCAACUGCGGCUGCAACUGCAUCAUCCACAAAAGAGCAACCUGAUGAAAUCAAAAGUGGAAAGAAAUCAGCUGCAGAUCAAGUAGAUUCUGCUAAUACCGCAGGGUCCUCGUUCAGGAUGUCGGCCAUCCUCCCCCAGCAGCUAUCGCAGAUCAUGAUCAGCAAACUGAAUAUGGGUUCGACAUCGGUAAACAACGGUCGGGAUUUUGAGCAGGAGCUGGUGAUAUCGUUGUCGAAACAGCAAGUGGACCAGGAUUUGGAUGGGAGAAUAGAUCUGAUCGAACUAAUAUCAAAUACAAAUUAUGUCAUCUGGGUCUGGAAGGAUGCAAUGUUUGUCAUGCACAUUUUGCAUGACUCCUGAUGUCUGUGAUGCAUGCCCUAGCAUGACAGAUUUUGUGAGGGCUUCUUGAUGCCUAUAUCGCAUGAGAAAUGCCCUCUCGCCCUGGCAAAAACUGGACCUCUUUUGCUGUUCAUGCAAUUCAGAUUUUCGUAGAAUUCAGACGCAGCAUCACAAGUUGCAUCCUUCCAGACCCAGACAGAGACAUAUUUGCAAUGCAUAGCUAACAGAUCUUUUCAAAACCACCCACGUGCCGAAAGAGAAGAACAAGGACGGUUCCGAGCAUUUCAACUACGACUGCGGAAUGCUCGACAUUUUUGACAAACUUUCUCGGGGCGAAAGUGGGGGGCUGAUCGCAGCAGAGGUGGUGGACGGGGCGUAUGAGAUGCUGUAUGGACUCGCCAGGGAUCAUUCACGUAUUAGUGAUCUGAGUUUUUGCGUAUGGCAUUUUUCACCAUGCUUUUCAUGCAUCACUGGCUUACCUUUGUCUCGCAUGCCGAGCAUGACAAGUUUAUUCCAUUACAACUAAACAAAACCAGACGACCCCCCGACCCAGACGCAGCAAUACUGCCCGGACGGGCAGAACUCGGUCUACGUCUGCGAUGCGGGGAACAAGUCGGGCAAAUUUAACGACUUCCUCACCACGGACUUCCAGCACGAGGACAAUCCCGGCGCGGAACCGCUGGAGAUGGACCAGAGUCUGUUAUCAAAUGCAAAUAUGUCUGGGUCUGGAGGGUUGCAAGACUUGUCAUGCAGGUUUUCCAUGACGUCGCGUGAGGUCUGUCAUGCAUGACCUAGCAUCACGGAGUUUGUGUGACCUCUAGAGAUUGUUUCUCAACAACUUGGUCAAAAGUGGACAGCUUUUGGUAAUCAUGCAACACAGGUUUCUGCACUAUCCAGAAUUGGCAUGACAAGUUCCACCUUUCCAGACCCAGACAUAUUUGCAAUGCAUAUCUGUGUAAGCUCUACAACUUUGCUUUCAGUUCGAACAUCAAGCAGGCGACGGCGGAGCAGGUGAAGCAGGUCGGGCAAGCGUGCGAGGGUUUGAUGAGUACAAGCGGGCAGAAUUGCUGUCACUGGGUGCCUAUCAAAUGUAAAAAUGUCUGGGACUGGAAGAUUGCCAGGUUUGUCAUGCACAUUUUGCAUGACUCCUGAUGUCUGUGAUGCAUGCCCUAGCAUCACAGAUUUUGUGAGGGCUUCCUGAUGCCUAUACCGCAUGACAAAUGCUCUUUCCGUGUAGCGAAACUUGGACUCUCUUUGCUGCUCAUGCAAUACAGAUUUUUUUAGAAUCCAAAAUCAGGUUGACAAGUUGGAUUCUUCCAGACCCAGACAUUUUUACAGUUGAUAGUGCCGGAAGAUAAAGAGAAGAACGCGUGUCGGCCUUACUACCGGGUAAGCACUACAUUCAAUUAUCUGAGAUUGAUCUGAAAAAAUGUGAAUCCGAAUAUCAUCGUACUAUGAUAAAUCUGACUACUUACUAGACUUCUGCGAGUCCCAUGUAAAGAUCAUGACAGAUGUUUCAAAAAAAUCAUAAAUGAAAAAUUAAAAUUCCUUAGUGUCUCCAGCCUGCACCGAAGGAACCGGAACAAGUGGAGAAGGAGAAAGAAGCAGCUGCACCAGCAGCUUCCAAGACAAGCUAUCCUCAGGAAAAACGUCCCCGCCGCAGAGAGAAGCUGGAAACUUUGCAACACAAAUCAACAAGGUUUGGCUGUUGCGCAUGACAGGUUCUUUGGGCUCGCGGUGUAAUCCUGUGUAGCUAGUGCAGCCGCAUGAGAGAUCGACACCCCUAUCCUGAUUCUAGCAUGACAAACUCCCAGAUAGGAGCAUUGGAAGUCGCCUGUCAUGUGGCUGUGCAUGAGAAACUUUUUAGGCGUGUAGAUUUGCAAGACAACUUGAGGGGGCAUUGUUCCUCACAAUACAAGCAGUUCCUGGUUCUCCUCGAGCCAAGAUGCAGACGACAAAAAAUCCGCGCAACCUGCCCAAUAUCAAGAAGUGUACGAGGACGACACGCUGGGCGACAUUGGGCCUCUGUCGCACUUCUACCAGCCCGUGAAGGUGGACACGAUCCUGCCGCCCUUUGGAUACAAGCAGGGGGAGAAGAAGUUCAACGUGAACGGCGUCAGCGGCUCCGGGAAUCCGGACGACAAACUACCCGGGGACUUGUGAGUGAGUGGGAGUCUGGUGGUUGCUCGCGCGUAGUUUUCCAAGAAUAUUGACCACGGAGGACUAGUACACACAGAACGAGCCAAGUUUUUUUCAUAGCAGUUCUCGUGAGAUCAUGACAUUGAUGUUUUCUUGUGCCAGGAAGAAGAAUCUGCACCGACAUUUUUAGCCGUGCCACAGCGUUAGAAUUUACCUAACGAAUGAACGCAAAACAAGAGACUCAAUAUAUAUCGAAAAAAGAACCUCAUCAACUACAAAAUUGUCCAAUUAUUCAACGCAAGCAAGCAAGAUGAUUAAGCAGAAAUAAUAACGCGCUCGGAAUGCAUUCGCAAAAUAGCAGAUACUACACCCAGAAACGCAAAGAAUUUUUUUUCAAACGACUUUCUGUCCCGACCAAAUAAAUGGACCUCUCUGGCGGUUGCGGCAUGUUGGUGGGAACGGC